UGAAUGCUUGCGCCAAACUUUGUUUUCCUGUCAUUUUGUCCAUGUUGCUUGUAACAAGAGACACGUAUUUUGUAUCGAAAGUAAAAGCCAUAAAAUAACAUUUGCUUUUGCUGUUCUAAAACCACUUCAAUAGUGAUUGAAUGAUAUUCGGUGGUCCAUCUGAAGUGAUUUGGUCUAUAAUGACCCUAGAUUAACCACUUUCAAACUUUUCUUUUGAACAACUUCAUUGGACACUUUUGAGAUGUUUCAAGCAAUUGCUCGGAGAUGCAGAAGUAUUCAAGACAAUGAUCAUAAAAUAGUUAAAGUAGCAUUUGAGUUUGCAGAUACAGAGAAGAAUGGAUAUCUAAACAAGUCAGAGUUCAAAUUUGCCUAUUUGGUAGUUUUUGGGUGCAAGCCUUCAAAUUUUGAUGUUGAUGAUAUCUGGAAAAAUUAUGGAAAGAAAGUUUCUUGUGUACUGACCAAUGAUGAGGAUGAUUGUCCAGUAAUAGAUUUUGAAACAUUCAAGAAAAUUGCAAUUGAAAGACUCCAAUAUUCAGAUAUAGAUGAUGAUAUAAGGGAAACAUUUCAGGUCAUUGAUGCAAGAUGUAAAGGCUACAUUGACUUUACUGAUUUCCAGAGACUUAUGACGAAAUUUCUUCCAAAUUUUGACUCUUUGAGAGUUAGAAAGAUUUUCAAUGAAGCAGACCGUGAUAAUGAUGGGAGAAUAAGUUUUAGGGAUUUUCAAGUUUUGAUGAAAAGUGAUAAUUGGGAGCCAAAUGCAAAUCAGCAUUUAAGUUACAUGCAAUGAAUUUAUAGGCCCAUAGCUAAAUGAUCUUGUACCCAGCCAUCAACACUGACAACAGUUUUUGUCUUCCAUUUAUAAAUCCAUAAUAUUUCUUUCUCCUAUUGUUUUGAGAACAACUACCCUCUAAAGCAUGUAAUGAUCAAGUUAGGUUUGAAAAAAGGUACUAUGUUCUCUUUUUAGACACAAUUUUAAGAUUACUGGCAUCAAUUGUUAAAAAAUAUUCAAAUUUUAUUGAAUGAAUGGGUCUGAAUGGAUGGUUGUAGUUUCUUGUAUAUUGACUCCAGCAGCAGUCUUGGGGACUGUGGGACUGUGGGGACUGCAAGCACUGUGGGGACUGCAUGCCCCUGGCCCAAAACAUCUGCAGGGCCCCAACCCCAAAUCCCGAAAGAUCUGCAGGGCUCUUAUUCUUUACGAUUCUUUUUUGGUGCAGCACCCCUUCUGGCUACCAUAAAUUGUUUGACUGGGCCCGUGGCCCUGCCUUGAGCCCCUCCUUGCACUCGUCCAAAAACUGCCAGUCUGAUUGAAGGUUUUCCAUUUUAUCUGUUUUUGAUUGAAUGAAAUAUCUAGGCUUGCCCAUAAUCAGCUAAUCUUGACCCUACAAUACUGACACAGUUACCAAUGAAUGACAUGCAAUGCCCUUUUGAAGUGCACAAACCACUGCAAUGUAGCUGUUCCUAGAAAUGAAAUUUUUUCUGGAAUCUAAACAUCUAGAUCCAGUUAUAAAGUUAGAAAUACUUAUCUUUGUCUCUAUGCAGCCCUACAAAUAUAUUUCCAGUUCGUGCCCAUGAGACCCUGGGACCCCAAUUUCUUACCAUGGGCUGGUGUCCGCCCUUAACAGUUUUUCCUAAUGGUUGGGAUGAAUUGCUUUUGAAAUUUUGAAAUUCCUUUAUUCCGGUGCCAAUUAUAACUUACAAUACCGUAAAUCCUCGAAUUGACCCCCCCCCCCCCGAAAAAGCCCUCCCCUCGAAUAAGCCCCCACUCUAAAACUACAAACUGUCAAUAAGCCCCCACUGCUACCGUAUAUUCUCGAAUUGGAUCCCCCAAUUUGACGGCUUUUGCCACCUGAGGUUGCCUAUGGAGUUUUAUUGAAUUACCACGACAAAUUCGUAAUUUUGGUAGUAAUUAGUUAAAUGCUCAUAAAAAACAAGGUCUUUUAAUAAUGUCUUCUUCUUGUCUACAAUAAUUCUAUAAGCCCCCCCUCUCGUAUAAGCCCCCCUCUCGAAAAAGCCCCCGUCCAAAAAUAUCAAAAAUAAAUGAACCCCGAUGGGGCUAAUUCGAGGAUUUACGGUAUGUAGUCUGUUUGUAAAUAUGCAUUUCACGUUAAAAAGACAGCAACAACUUUUUAUCACAAUUUUAUUUACAAGCACAAUUAGUGUGCACAUAAUUCGCGUCAUUCCCCUAUAUUACCGCUUGUUUCAAAACCCUAAAAAGGCUGCACGAUUAUUUGAGUUACAGAUCUGCUCUGCUCGUAAUUUUAGAAAUGGUAUGACAGGAAUUUGUUUUUCGAUGCGGUUAAACGUAUGCUUUGUCGAUGCCCGAUUUAGCUUUCUUUGAUCCCUGCUUAUUUAGCGCUUUGGGAUCAGACGAUCAUGUUGAAAACGGCGUAAACGUUGCAGAAAACCAUUACAGUACUCGCCUCCUCUAAUAUAAUGAUACACCAUAUUCUCCAUUAUCCAUUACUUUUUUAUUCUUUGAUGUUUCUUAGAACUAUUUUUUGUAUGAUUUCAUUUUUUCGGCAACUUCUUAAUGAAUUGUUGACAUUGUCAUACAUGAUCAAGUGUUUCGUCCUGUGCUUCGCAUCCUCUGCAUAGAGUGUUUUCCUAUUUUCCAUUGAAGUUUGCGUUAAGUUUUAAUAACUUUGUUUUUAAGUUUUAGUAAUGGUAGGUACGUCUGCUGCAUGUUUACCUUCUAUCUACUCUUUUUCUAACAAACAGUGUUUUUUCAUUUCUUUUUUCCUCAGUGAAAGGCCGUUGGUCCCUAGCUGGGCAAGUUUUGGAUUGUGGGUAGGGGGUUGGCGAAUAAAAGGUGGAUUUUGAUACAGUCUGGCUUAAAAGUGGCUUAAAGUGAAAAUGGGACCUAAAUUGCCUCUAGGAAAUUAUUGUAAGGCUCCUGCCCUGUCCUUUUGUCCGCGCCUUUAACUUUCGGCGCUGGAUCUACCCGGUUCGACUGUUUUUUCUUUCUUCACAAUCCAGCAAUGCAAGGGAUCUGGUUCUGACUCAGGCGGGGAAAAGGGGACGAAAAUACAGUUGACCAUCCUUUCCACAAUGCCCCUUAUAUGCUGCUGGCCCAGAUUGUUUCCCUUAAAAUGCGUUUCUUUGCGCACGAAGAACAGUCCCAGUCCGUGUUACUUUCAGCCAACAAAUUACAGAUAACUGGAUGUUUGCCCGUCCACAUUCUUACGACUUUCCUGCAAAGAAAUUUCUCACCCUAUUCAUGGACAAUAGCACGUUUGCUCCACACUUUCAAAGAGUCUAUAUACGGGCCUAUACGCUAUACUAUACAUAAGAAGUUUAGCAGUUAUAUAAGUCCUCUGAGCCGUAUUCUGAGCUCUCCAGCUUUAUAAAAAAGAUGCUUCAAAGAGCUUUAACUGACCGAAUAAAAACACAAGAAAAAAGCGGAUUGGCUCGAUUGGGCAGCCUUCAGUUCUGUAAUGACGCAUGAAACAUUCCUUGUGCCUUUC